AUGGCAGCAGUUUAUUCCCGCGAUCCCAAAUCUGACGAUGUCUCGUCACUUCAUAUCCGCACCACCCAAGGCAAGGAUGCCGCAACGUCAAUCGAAGGACAGCCAGAGACGACGUCAAAAGAAACCGCCACGCCAACAGCCACGUCGUCGUAUCCAGGCCCAUUCAAACAAGCGAUCCUAGUGAUUGCCUUGAUGCUUGCCACGUUCAUAGUUGGCCUCGAUACGAGCAUCAUCGCCACGGCUAUCCCGACCAUCACCAAAGAGUUCCACAGCGUUGACCAGGUCGGCUGGUACGGCUCCGCGUUCUUGAUGUGUCUGGCCAUGUUCCAAGGUGUGUGGAGCAAGGCGUACAAAUUCUUCCCGCAGAAGAUUGUCUUUCUUUCCUGUAUCCUCAUAUUCGAAGUUGGCAGCCUUGUCGUCGCUUUGGCUCCUAACAGCAUCGCCGUCAUUGCUGGGCGUGCGGUUCAGGGUCUCGGUGGCUCGGGCCUCACCUCAGGGAGCUACAUCAUUGCUGCAUUCAUCGUCCAACCUUCACGCUUGUCCAUCGUGAUGGGGCUGUUUGGUGCCAUCUGGGCUUGUGUUUCUGUCUUGGGCCCUGUGCUCGGUGGAGUCUUUACCCAGGAUCUUACCUGGAGAUGGUGCUUUUGGAUCAACUUGCCUAUUGGAGGUGCAACAUUUCUCAUCAUUCUGCUUCUCUUCAACACGCCACCGCAGUCUCAAUCGGUCCAGGCUCCGACGUGGAAAGAAUACCACCGCGAGUUUGAUGUCAUGGGAGUUGUCCUGGGAUUAGGCGCCUGGAUCUGUCUGUUGCUCGUGCUGCAAGACGGGGGAGUCCGGCACGCCUGGAACUCCAGCUUCUCCAUUGGGUUGCUCGUUGGUUUUUGGCUGUUUGUCAUCGCGUUCAUCGUCGCCGAGUGGACACAGGGCGACGGGGCCACUAUUCCCAGACGACUUUUGAAGAGUCGCACCAUUGCAGCGUGUGCCAUUUACAGUUUCGUGUCCAACAUGGGUGGCGUCUCCCGAACAUACACUCUUCCCAUCUACUUCCAGGCUGUUCAAGGCGUGUCACCAUCGAACAGCGGCGUGCGCACGAUUCCCAGCGUGCUAUCAUUCUGGAAGAUCGGCUACUACCAGCCUUUCCUUUGGGCAGGCGGCAUCUUGAUCACGAUAGGUUCUGGGCUAUACUAUACUUUGACUCCGAGUUCCUCGGCCGGGCAUUGGAUCGGAUACCAGAUCGUCGCAGGCGUUGGACAGGGCAUCGUCAUCCAGCUUCCCGUCAUGGUCGCGCAGAAGGUCUCGGCGCGACAAGACCUGUCUGUCACUGUGGGCAUCAUGAUGUUCUCACAGUUCGUCGGUGGCGGUUUCGGCGUGUCGACCGGCCAGGCCAUUCUGAACAACCGCCUCAUCGACAGCCUCCCCCAUGACAACUCGGUCGUCACCCCUGCAAGCGUCCUGGCUGCUGGAGCGACGGGCCUUCGACAGGCAUUCCCACACCCUCGCGACCUCGCCGCCGUCGUGACCUCGUACAUGAUUGGGUUGAGGGACGCGUGGAUCUUCACCACCGUCGUGAGCGGUGUCGCCUUUCUCACCGCCUUUGCGGCGGAAUGGAGGUCGAUCAACGAGCCCGUGCCGGACGCGAACAUCCCGGUUGAAACGACAACGACAUUCGCGGACGAAGGGGUCAAGGCUGGAACUUGA